AUGCCCGAGUCAACAAAAUCAGAUUUGGCUUCAGCAUCGCCACAAACAGCUCAGGGAGCUGAUAAAGACUCUGGAAAUGGCGCAGAAGCCAGUUCUUCGAAUGGCGCUCCCGCAGGAACUAUUAUCCCACCUCCAGAUGUCCGAGCAGUUGUGGAAAAGACAGUAGACUACAUUGCUCGUAGAGGUGAUGCAUUUUUAGAAAGAAUCAGGAACAGUAAUGACAGUGCGAGGUUUAGUUUUGUCAAAGAAAAUGAUCCUUACUAUAACUACUAUAACUGGAGACUGGAGCAGCACAAAUCCGGUCAAGUCAAGGCUCAAACUUCCAAUGGAAAAGAUGGUGAUUCAACAGAAGAUUCUGGUUCUACGGUUGCUACUAAAUCAACAACUCCAAAAGAACCGUAUAAAUUCGAAUUUUCGACACCACUUCCGCCUAUUUCAGCACAAGAUCUUGAAAUUAUCAAGAUAACUGCUCGAUAUGCUGCUAAAGCUGGUAAACAGUUUAUUACAUCUCUUUCUCAUAAAGAGAGGUCGAAUUUCCAAUAUGAUUUUCUUAAGCCAACGCAUUCACUUUAUCCAUUAUUCACAGGUUUAAUAGACCAGUACCGACUUGUCAUGAACCCAACUGAAGAAUUAAAAUCCCGUAUCAGUGCUGGCGCUGUCAACAAAUAUCAAGUACUUGAAAAUGCGAAACAGAGGGCUGAAUACUUGGCUUAUCAAGAAGAACAUAACAAGAAAACAGCUGAAGAAGCUGAGAAAGAGAGAAUUGCAUAUGCCCAGAUUGACUGGCAUGACUUCACUGUCGUCGAGACCAUCCUUUUCACCCAGGCUGAUCUUGACACAGAGUUGCCACCUCCAAUCACUCUUUCUCAACUUCAGUUUGCUUCUCUUGAACAGAAAAGAACCGGCAAAUAUCGCAUCGAAGAAGCUGCUCCUGACUACGUUCCCGAACCUCCAACCAAUCCGGUUAAUAAUAAAUCCAGACCCAGUCCUCCUCCUACGACAGAAGACGACAAAACCAAAUCAAUCACUGUACCAGGUGUGGGCACCAUCGACCUGUCAUCCAUUCCUGGUCUCAGUACGAACACAGACUCGGACUCUACAAACAUAUCUACAACACCAGCUGCCCGUCCUACUCCUCCUGCCUCUGCUCCUGUUCCCGGUAUGAAAAUCCGACCUGCUGGUGCAAGUGUGAGAACCAGACUACUGAACAAAAAAGAAGAGCCUACCAUUCAAUCCCCCUAUACAGGAGAAGCAAUUCCCCAAUCGAAAUAUGACGAGCAUAUGCGUAUCAUGAGUCUCGAUCCACAAUGGAAAGAGCAACGUGCUAUUGAACAGGAACGUCAGUCCACAACCAACCUUUCUACAAGCGAAGUGAGCAUAAAUCUCAAACGGUUUGCCAGCAGUCGUAGCGAUCUUUUCGACACUGAUAAUGUGCCCCAAACCGAGGAAGAACGUGACCGUAUCAAACGUGCUGCUCGCGAACCCCAGUGGGACGGCCGCCAAUCCACUAAACAGGCUGCUAUCUCUCAGGCUGAUGCUAAUCGUGCUGCCGACGAACGUGAUCGCAGAAACAAAUCUUCUUCCCAUAGACGCGGUGGUCCUUAA